GCGCUUCAGUCGACACUCGUUGUCCGACUGGUUAUAGUCGUACACACAUAUUUUUAGAAAAACUUCACAAUUUUCUGAAACUUAUACGUAUAAGCUUGAAUUAUUCUAUGUCGUGAUUUGUUUUGACUGGAAUUUGUCUUAUUUCUUGUAUUAUACUAAAUGUUUACAAAGUUACCACUAUGCGUGCGAUUUAUAUUAUUUUUUACAGUAUUCAAACAUUUUAUAUUAGAAAAGGGUGAACGAACCGUAAUAACGUUUAUGCGUUUAAUAUCAAGCAUGGAAUGGAUAUACAGUUGUGAGUUAUUCCAAUCAAUUAAUGACUCUCAAAAUUAUAGAUGUCCAGCCUUUAAUAAAUUAGACAAAUCAUAUUCUUCUGGAAUAACAUUGAAACAUAAUAUGAGUGAAAUGGCGUUAACUUGGAAAUUUGGUGUAAAUUAAACAAUCAAUCAUUAUGUUGACUCACUAAGAGCUUCCAUAAUUUUACAAAGACAUUAAUGUCCACUGAAACCGCCAAAGCUUUUGUUAAUUUAAAUGUUUGACGAUUUACUGAUUUGAGUACAUAUAUGCGUCUAAUUGUGUGCGUGUGUAUACCCAAGGUGGAGGGUAAUGGAUGACAUAAGAAAUUCAUCGGCAACUCGCCGACUUUCACAGAUUUUUGAUCCCAUUGCUCGAUUUGCAUCUGAUUUUGGAUCUUCAUCAGCACCAUGUAGUCCUCGAUUAGGUCUAGGGAAUCGGACUUAUGAAAAUGCUAAUAUUUUUGAAGGUAAUAAAACACGUGGAAAUGCUUCAUCUUCAGCAAGUCCAAUCCCAGAUGAGCCAGAAAAUUCUCGACUAUUACCAAGACGAAGUGCUAGUAGCUCACGGCAAGUUCUACCAUCAAGAUCCCAGCAAUUAAAUGAUUCAUCAAUGCACUCGAGAACUUCGACGUCUACAUAUGUUAAUGUGCCAUGUGAAAAUUUACAUCACGGCCGAAGAGACAAACAUUUCACAGAUACUAAAAGUAAUUUUAGUUAUAUUGAAUUACGUGAUAAAGACAAACAUUAUCACAAUGCCAUGCAAUCACCUUUCGGUUUCACCACUGAGUCAAGCGGUUGUGUCGAAUAUGCUGAUAAGCGUAAUUUAUAUGACACUAAACCAGAAAAUUUUGGAUCUUACGGCAACUUGGAGAAUGAUUCAUCUUCGGAUGCGUCUUCUCCAAUAUUUGAUAGUGCUGGUGGAGGAUCUUCCUUAACUUCAAAUGUAGAUAGAAUAUUAUCAUCUAUUAGUGGGAAAAAUCAACAAUUUCGACGAGCAUCUAUUGAUCGUGACAUUACAUUUACCUCAUCAAUAUCAGCAGCUACAUUUGCAAGUGAUGACCAAAGAGAAAGAUUUGAUAUUCGACCAGCAGCUUAUUCAUCAUCUAAAAGUUUUGACGCUGGUUAUACAACAGCAGUUGAAAAGCUUAAUUGGCAAGAGAGAUGUUUAGAACUACAACUCGAACUUCAUCGAAGCAGAAGUCAAGCAACGAGAGUGCGUGAUAUGUUGCGAGAAAAACUUUCAGAACUUGAACAACGAGUUCUUGAUGCAGAAGGAAGGGCAGAUGAAGCUGAAGAUAAGGUACGGAUGAUGGAGGAACGGUUGGUAAAAGGUGAAUACAGCCUGAGUACAUCUGGAGUUGGUUCCCCGGUACACUCUUUGGCAUCAACCUCUGGUACUCAAAAUGACAAACUUGAAGAAGUUCAUUGUGCCUGUAUUUCAAAAUUAGAAACUCAAGUUGAAGAACAAAAACAACUGCGUCUCCAAGACGCUAAACAAGUUGAAGCCAAAGCUGCAAGAAUAAAAGAGUGGGUUACUAAUAAAUUACGUGAACUUGAACAACAAAAUCAACAUUUGCGUGAGCAGAAUAACAAGUGUAAUCAACAACUUGAACUUCUACGCAAUCAUAUUACAAAUAUUGGUUUCAGACCUUUGGUGCCUGUAACAAGAGCGUCAUUAUCUCUUGAAGUAGAUCCAAUUUUACGUAGACGAUCAGAAAGCUUAGAAGCUACGUCACAAACACUACCUGAAAGCAUUCAUCAAUCAACAAUCAGUGAUUCUCAACAAAUAGGGGCACGGCAUAGACGUCAUUUAUCCGCUUGUGGAAAUAUUCAUCAAGAAAUCACUACUACUAAUAUGGAUUCCAGCCUAUUAUCCGAGGAAUUAGCAGCAGCUGUGGAAAAUUUGGUAAUGCUACCAAAUAUACCGGGAGCUACGGAUACAAACCGGAAUAGUACAAGUUCAGAAGCUAUUCAUGAUUAUGCGGAAAUUUAUACUCCCAACCGAGAAGAUAUCAACUGGGCUAAUCAGGCCGGAACAACUGCACAUCGACCACCAACACCUCCUCUACAUAGAUUCCCGAGUUGGGAAGCCAAAAUAUAUCAAGUAGCUGAUGGUGGACUUGGUAUCGGCCCAUCUACUAAUGAUGAUACAUUAUCUAGUGCUCCAUUAUCAACGUCAAAUACAAAUUCAUCAAAACACACACAUACUGGACAUAAUUUGGCAGCUUAUAAUUCUCAAGGAUACUGUGAUAUUUCUGUACCCGUUUACGCUACAGUUAAAGGCCGUGCCAGUCAAAUCCGAUCAAUUCCAUUUGGAGAUAGCUCUGAUGACAGUUCUGAUGGUGAAGAUCAUGGAAAUCCUACAGAAACAAACACAAGAAUUACUAAUAGUUCAUCAGAUAAUACUGACUCAUCUCUCGGUAGUGGAAGCAGCCCUUCGAAAAGUAUUAAAACAACAAGCAGUCUUAGUCCUGCCAAAAGAAGCUCCAGUGGUUCUCCAAGCAAAAGUGUAAAACGUGAUACUUCAUUAGAAUCAGGUUUAUCAGAAGAUUAUGCUAUACCUCCAGAUGCAUUGAGUACCACUUCUUUAGAAACAAGUAUGCCUAGUCUAUUAAUAAAAACAGCUGGAGAAAGCCCGAAAAAGUUAGAAUCUUUAGAAAAAGCUGGACAUCUUGCAAAACUUGGAGGUAAAUUAAAGACUUGGAGAAAACGAUGGUUUGUUUUGAAGAAUGGUGUCUUAACAUAUUGGAAAAAUCAAAAUGAUAUUAAUAGAAAACCUCAGGGACAAAUUAUUUUAGAUGAAGUCUGCAGGAUAAAUAGGGCAGAAGGAGCGGCAACUUUUGAAAUUGCUACAGGAAAAAAAACAUAUUAUUUAACUGCAGAUUGUAUUGCAACCAUGGAAGAUUGGAUUAAAGUUUUACAAAAUGUUCAAAGACGAAAUGCUACGAAACUAUUACUUAGUAGAGAAGAUAAUAAACCGACAAUUCAAGGCUGGCUGACGAAAGUUAAAAAUGGUCACACAAAGAAAUGUUGGUGUGUGCUUAUUGGAAAGAUGUUUUUAUAUUUUAAAUGUCCGAACGAUACCAAUCCAAUUGGACAAAUAAAUAUGCGUGAUGCACGAGUGGAAGAAGUAGAGCACGUAUCUGAUAGCGACAGUGAAGAAAGAGAUACUGAAUGUCCUCAUGAAAGAACUAUUGGAAUUUUUCCUACUCAUCAGGGACCAACUUAUUUAUUAAUGCCACAUAAACAAGAUAAAGACAAUUGGCUUUAUCAUUUAACAGUUGUUUCGGGCGGUGGACCAAAUGCUGGAACUCAGUACGAACAAUUGGUUCAAAGACUGAUGGAAACUGAUGGUGAUUCCAGUUGUGUUCUUUGGAGGCAUCCACUUCUUUUACAUACAAAAGAAAAUAUUACCAGCCCACUUACAAGUCUCACUUCCGAAUCGCUACAAGCUGAAGCUAUUAAAUUAUUUAAAGCCUGUCAAUUAUUUAUGUCGGUGGCAGUAGAACAGGCAGGAAUAGAUUAUCAUGUGGUGCUUGCACAAAAUGCAUUACAACAAUGUCUAGAUCAACCUGAACUCCAGUCAGAGUUCAUUUGUGCUCUAGUGAAACAAACAAGUCGUCAUACACACCAACGUUUGGGCGUACAGGUAAAAAAGGCCGCCAGACUUGUGUCGCUGGGUACUGCGCGUGUUCAACUUCUCCUGUGCGCCACACAAUCGCUCUUCACGUGCGAUACGCAAAGCCCCACGACAAACGGCGCGGGUGAAAAUGCGGACGCACAGUCAACAACGUCAACUUCUCACAGUCCUCCGCUCACGCAGGGUUAUUCAACAUCAACGAUACUAGACUGCAAAACAAAUCCUGCUCAGUACGUCCUCGUUCAGGGAUGGCAGCUUCUAGCUCUAGCUGUUUCACUAUUUUUGCCGAGAAACAAUCGAUUACUUUGGUACCUGAAAAUUCAUUUGCAGAGAAAUGCUGAUUCCAAAACUGAAUGUGGAAAAUAUGCUGCUUACUGUGAACGUGCUUUAGAACGAACUCUACAAAACGGAGGAAGAGAAGUAAAACCUUCACGAAUGGAAGUUUUAUCAAUUUUAUUGAAAAAUCCAUAUCAUCAUUCAUUACCCCAUGCUAUUCCAGUUCAUUUUUUGAAUGGAACUUACCAAGUUGUCAGUUUUGAUGGUAGCACAACUAUUGAAGAGUUUUUGCAUACUUUAAAUCAAGAAAUCGGAUGUCGUGAUGUUCAUCAAUCAGGAUUUACGUUAUUUAGUGAUGAUCCUAUUGAAAAAGAUUUGGAACAUUUUAUAGAUCUUCAAGCCAAACUUUGUGAUAUUAUUUCAAAAUGGGAAACAGCAUUAAGAGAAAAAGGAUCUGGAAAAUUUGAAAAUACUCGUGUUAUUCAGUUGACAUAUAAAUCCAGGUGUUAUUGGCGAUCAGCAGCAAAAAUGGAAACUGAUAGAGAACGUUUAUUGUUGUGUUAUCAAGUUAAUCAACAAGUAGUUCAAGGAAAAUUUCCAUUAAAUCGUGAUUUGGCAUUUGAACUUGCUUCUCUUAUGGCUCAGAUCGAUUUUGGAGAAUACAAUAAUGAUAAAGUUCGAGGCAGUGGACCGAGUAACAAUCCCAACCAUUUCAUUCUUCAAGCAUUAGAUAAAUUCUUCCCGUUACGAUAUCGAUCCAACAUUACAACUGAACAGCUUAGAGAGCUUCAAGAAAAACUCCAAGAAAAAUGGAUUGGUCUCCGAGGUCGAAGUGUAGCAGACUGUGUUCGGAUUUAUUUGACUUGCACCAGAAAAUGGCCGUUUUUUGGAGCCACUUUAUAUCAAGCCAAACUGAAACAAGCAGAGCCUAUUAAUCUGUGGAUCGCAGUGUCUGAAGACAGCGUUACUUUAUUGGAACUACAAUCAAUGGCAGUUAUCCAUCGAUAUAAUUAUGCAAACAUAAUUACAUUUGGUGGCUGUUUAGACGAUUUCAUGCUUGUUGCUUGUGCGGAUGAAGGUGUAACAGAACAAAAACUGCUGUUUGCCCUAAGCAAACCUAAGAUUUUGGAAAUCACACUGUUGAUUGCUGACUACAUGAACGCAUUAGGUCAUACUUUACCUGGAACUCCACAAAUGAACACUUUAACGCGAAAUGGUUCACAUAGAUCAAUAAAAUCUACUAUGAGACCUACGACUGGAUCGAGUUGUCUUCCAACGCAACCAGAUAUUCUAAAAUCAACACCUGAUCAUCAAAGACCGUAAAUUAUAGGAAAUAGUUCAUACUCUUAUACUUUACAAUGCAUAAUUCAUAAUUUCACCAGAACUGAUGAAUGAAAUUGGAAACUGCCUAUGUCACAAUGAAGUAUUAAUGUGAUUUUGCAAAAAAAAAAAAACAAAGUAUGAAGCGAUAGUUUGGUAUAAAUUUUAAUGAGAUUUAUAUCGAUUGCUUGUAUAUAUUGCAUAUUAAAUAAUUAUAAUAAUAACAAUAAUAAUCAUAAUAAUAGAUGAAAUUCACUUGAUACUAAAAUUAUCUGCUCAUUUUUGUUUAAAUUAUUAUUUAGUAUUUUUGCUACGUAAAAUAUAAAAAAUAUUGACAAUAGUUAAUCGUAUUGAUAUUGGAAUAAAUAUCGUUUUCAAAUUAGAAACUAUUUAAGUCAAAUGGUAGAUGGAGAAUCGAAAUUAAGGCAGUUGUAUUACCAUAAUUUAGUCAUAUAUUUAAUAUCUAUCUAUAUUACAUUGUAAUAAAAUUAUGAAGACAAUUAAUAUUGAUCUUAAAAUUAAUUCAAUUAACUAUAAUACAUAUUUUAAUCUGUUUAAAAUUAUUUAAUGUAUUAUUUUUAAUCAUAUAAAAGAAUACUCAUGAUUUCGGAUGGUGUCUUUUCAGGGAACAGCUACCUUAAUUUUAUAUGAGCAACGUUCAUCUCAUUUUUGCCAUAAUUAAUGGAGAUAUUUAAAAUUACCUCAGAUUAGUAAUUUAGUUUCAAUAUAAUGUUUAUGAAACAUAGUACUAUAAAAUAAUCCUAAAAAUUUAUUAAUGUAUUUAAUUUGAAAAAAGAAAAAAAAAACACGUUUUCAAGCAAUUUGAGCAAGUAAUUUUGGCUUUAAGUGUAAUUAAUAUUUUCUAUAAAUAACCAUUCGUUAUUUUAGUCAAUGUGUAGCUACAAAUGAGAAAAUUCAAAUAUAAGGGAAGAUGCGGGGCAUCGUACUCUUGUUAAUGAGUAUGGGAGUGGCUUUCUUGCCAAAAAAAAAUUUAAUUUAAUAAACGUAAUUUUUUCAUAAAUGAUAAAGAAAUGGAAAAUUGAUAAUAUCAUGUAUUAUUACGCGGUACAGUAAACUUCCUAAAUCGUAUCCUCAAUGUCUUUUUUAAUAAGUGUAUACUAUAUACGUAAAAGAUUUCAGAUUAUGGCCUAUUAAAUGAAUAACUAUGUUGUGUUGAAAAAAUUGCAUGAAUUAUGAGCAUUGUACUUUUUUUGUUUGUGACUAAAUUGUCACCUCAUUAUAAGUAUGCUGGAUUUUAGUCAAUAAUUUGUAUUAAACGUACUGUAUAUUUAGAAGUUAUUGUUAACUCAUCUUUUAUUGUAAUUUAUUUUGAUUAUAAGUGAAGAGA